UUUGUAGUUAUCACACUCAUUCACUCAUUCUCAAUUCUCAAACAAAAAAUAAAACACUUUUUCCAAUUACAAAUUUCUCACUCACGAGCCCACUCUAGAUAGUACCCCAUUUUUUCAUGUCAUGCUCACUAGAUUCAGCUAGCUAGCAGCCUACUUGUUCAUGUUUCCAAGGCACACACAGACACAGAAAAAGCCUCAGAAACCUGACCAAAAUAGUUAAUCCUGCCAUAUACAUUCCGGGGUCUGUUCUCUUCUCUCACCAUUUUCUAAAAUUUCUUCUUUCUUGUGAUUCUGGGUUUAAGCCAGGGUUUAACUAAAAAACUACUAGGUGAAUGUGUUAAUGAAGGAAGCUUAAUCAAUCACAGGGAAAAAAAAGGAGAGAGAGUUUGUGGGGGCAAAAGCUUUGGUCUUUCUCUUUCUCAUAUACACAGAUCCCUAUGGAAUGAAGUUUGUGUGUGUGUGUGUGUGCGCUCCCUCUCCAGCAUAAGGAAUUCAUUCUUUUUGUUUAGUUUAAAGAGACCGGUCUUGUACAUGUUUUUUCUGUGAUAGAACAAUAGUUUGGUUGGUGGAGAAUUUUCUCUGUGAGGUGUUACUAGACAACAACAACAACAAAAGAAAAACUGAUUCUUCUUUCAACAUGGUUAGUUUAUUUGCCAAGCAAUGAUUGAGUAAGAGAGAUUCUGGUAGCAAAAAUUUCUAACCUUUUUCAAGUAAGAAAAGAAGAAGAUGAUGAACAACAAGUCCAUGAAUGACAACAGUGAUGAUAGAAACGACAGUCAUAAUAACUGGUUGGGAUUCUCUCUUUCACCUCACAUGAAAAUGGAUGCUAUAACUUCUGCCCCUCUCUACCACCAUCAUCAUCAACAGCCACAAGCUUCUGGAGGUUCCAACACUGUUCCUACAACCUUCUAUGGUUCUUCUGGAUUCUGUUAUGGUGUUGGAGAAAAUGGUAACUCCCAUUCUCCUUUGACUGUAAUGCCUCUCAAAUCAGAUGGCUCACUCUGCAUCAUGGAAGCUCUCAGCAGAUCACAAACACCAGGGAUGGUGCCUACUUCAUCUCCAAAACUUGAGGACUUUCUAGGUGCAAGUAUGGGAUGUCAUGAAUAUGGAGGCCAAGAAAGUGAACUAGCAAUGUCUCUGAGCUUAGACAGCAUCUAUUACAGUACUCAGAAUGCAGGAGAUCCUCAUCAAGCUAACAGAGACCAUUCACUUGAACUUCUUUCACAUCCUUAUUACUCAGGACUUGAUUGCCAUGGGAUGUAUCAAUCAUCACCAUUGGAGGAAGAAAACAAGGAAACAGGAAAUGUCACAGCUUGCAGCUCUCAAAUAGUUGAGUAUUCUGCUCAGCAUGCUGUGGAGCAGAAAAUGAACUGUAACAUUGUGAAUGAUCGUGGAAAUGCUGCUUCUGGUGGUGGUUCUGUUGGGUGUGGUGGUGAGUUACAGUCACUGAGUUUAUCUAUGAGUCCUGGCUCUCAAUCUAGCUGUGUCACUGUUCCGAGUCAGAUCUCACCUUCUGGGAGUGACUCAGUGGCUGGAAAUGGGAAAAAGAGAGGCGCUGCUAAGAUGGGUCAGAAGCAACCAAUGCAUAGGAAAUCUAUUGAUACAUUUGGACAGAGAACAUCUCAGUACAGGGGUGUCACAAGGCAUAGAUGGACUGGUAGAUAUGAAGCACAUUUGUGGGAUAACAGUUGCAAGAAGGAAGGACAAACCAGGAAAGGAAGACAAGUAUAUUUGGGGGGUUAUGAUAUGGAGGAGAAAGCUGCAAGGGCCUAUGAUCUUGCGGCUCUCAAGUACUGGGGAGCUGCUACACAUAUAAACUUCCCUGUAGAAAAUUACCAAGUCCAACUUGAGGAAAUGAAGAACAUGACCAGGCAGGAAUAUGUUGCUCACUUGAGAAGAAAAAGCAGUGGUUUCUCAAGGGGUGCUUCAAUGUACAGAGGAGUGACAAGGCACCACCAACAUGGCAGGUGGCAAGCUAGGAUAGGCAGAGUUGCUGGAAACAAGGACCUUUACCUUGGCACAUUCAGCACUCAAGAGGAAGCAGCUGAAGCAUAUGAUGUAGCAGCAAUCAAAUUCCGUGGAGCAAAUGCUGUCACCAACUUUGACAUAUCAAGAUACGAUGUCGAAAGGAUCAUGGCCAGUAAUGUUCUGCUUGCCGGGGACAUGGCUAGAAGAAACAAAGAUAAUGAUCCAAGAAUUGAGGCCAUUCAAUGCAACAAUGGAGAAUCAGUCCAAGCUGCAGCUAGAAACAACAAUGAAAAUGUUUCAGAUUGGAAAAUGGUUUUGCAUCACCCUCCACAGCAAGAACAGAACACUAACUGUGACCAAAAAGUUAUGAAUUGUGAUACCUACAGAAACGCUGCUUUCUCUAUUGCGCUACAAGACCUUGUUGGGGUUGAUUCAUUAGGUUCUAGCUAUGACUCUAGCAAGAUUGGGACUCAUUUUUCAAACCCUUCUUCUCUGGUAACAAGUUUAAGCAGUUCAAGAGAAGCUAGCCCUGAAAAAACUGGUCCUUCAUUACUCUUUCCAAAGCCUCCAAUGGAAACAAAAAUUGUCAACAACCUCAAUUCCUCUGGUGUUAGUUCUUGGUUUCCCUCUCCAAUGAGGCCAGCUUCUGCUAUCAACUUGUCUCAUUUGCCAGUUUUUGCUGCUUGGAAUGAUGCCUAGAGAUAGAUGCUAUGUUAAAUUCUGCAUGUAAAAGAAAAAGGGUUGGGAAGAAAAAUCAUUGAUGGGGAGGAAAAAAGGUGAAUUUUGAAGUGACAUUUGGCAUAACUAUUUUGAGUGGAGGAAUUUGUGGGAGUAAUGUAAUUGGGGCCACAUAUCUGUCAUCUUUAUGUAACAAAGUGGAAAACAUUGCCUUUACAAACAUAGCCUUUUGGCUAAAUGUUGAAUGGGAAUAUAUGCAUAUUCCAAGGAAAGAGAAGUAAGAACUAAUUAAAGGAGACUAAUGAUUAAAUUCUCAGCAA